UGCGCGGAGCUCCAUCACCAAACAGCAGCACUCGCCCAGAGCAGAGGACACAGCAGACCAUCACCCUCUCUUACACACACACUCUCUCUCACACUCUCUUACACUCUUACACACACUCUCACACUGCUGCAGACUGCUGGAGGAUCACCGAACUCUGCAGACCAGAAAACACAGAAACACGCCAUCAUGACUCUCGCAGCGUAUAGAGAGAAGAUGAGAGAGCUCCCCCUGGUGUCUCUGUUCUGCUCCUGCAUCCUCCCCCAGCCCAAAGAGAAACCCACCAAACACACACCACAAGGUGUGGUGGACCUGAACCUGUGCAUUAUUAAAGACAUGGAGGUGAUCGAGCUGAACAAGCGCACCUCCGGCCAGGCCUUCGAGGUGAUCCUCAGACCCCCGUCGUUUGAUGGACAGCGUGAGUUCCAUCCCACCAUCCCUCCCCGCCGAGACCCGUCACUGGAGGAGAUCCAGAAAAAACUCCACGCAGCUGAGGAACGAAGAAAGGGUCAGGAGGCGGAGCUUCUGAAGCACCUGGCGGAGAAGAGGGAGCACGAGCGGGAGGUGGCUCAGAAGGCCAUCGACGAGCAGAACAACUUCAUCAAGAUGGCCAAAGAGAAGCUGGAGCAGAGGAUGGAGAUCAACAAGGAGAACAGGGAAGCUCACAUCGCCGCCAUGCUGGAGCGCCUGCAGGAGAAGGACAAGCACGCUGAGGAGGUUCCUUGAGGUGGUUCUCCACACACUCGCUGAACCUGUGGGAGGAGCUUAUUAGCUUGGAACUCAUGAGAUAACGAUACAGAAAGACCUGGUGAUGUUGUGAUAUCAUUGUGAACGGCUGGCGUCCGGCCAAUUUUACCAGACCUGAAAAACGGACUCGGCCUGGUCAGACUGAAGCGUCUGAGGCUGAAGCAUCACUGACUUUUAAUCAGAGGAGCCGACAGUGCCAAAUCUCACCGCGCGUGUGUGUGUGUGUGUGUGUGUGUGUGUGUAUGAGCUGAUCGAUAUAAGGAGUGGUCGAUACUGAUUUUUCUGCUGAAAACCAAUAAUAUCAUGUACAGCUUAGACUUAAAACUUCUUAAAAAUCAUACAAAUAUUGUCUUAUUUUUCUUAUUUCUCAUCAUUUUCUUUUUUAUUAUUAUGUUUCCAUGUUAACGCAUUCAGGAUUGCCAACUGAGAUAUUAAGGAGGCUGGAGUAAAACUAGAAUGAGAAUUUAAGGAGGCUAAAGUGAGAUAUAAAGAUGGCUAAAGUAAGGGUUGGUGUGAGAAAUUAAAGAGGCUAGAAAGAGACUAGAGUGUGAUAUUAAAGUGGCUGAAGUGAGAUAUCAAGAAAGCUUGAGCCUGGGAUGAGAAAUUAAGGAGGCUAGUGUGGAACUGGGAUGAGAUUUUAAAGUGGCUGGAGCGAGAUAAUAAGGAGGCUAGCGUGAGAUUGGAGUGAGCUAUUAAGAAGCCUGGAGUAAAACUAGAAUGAGACUUUGAUGGCUAAAGUGAGAUAUUAAGGUGGCUGGAGUGAGAUAUUGAGGAGACUAGAAAGAGACUGGAGUGUGAUAUUAAGGUGGCUGGAAUGAAAUGUUCAUAUGGCCAGAGUGAGAUUGGAGUAAGACAUUAAAGUGGCUAAAGUGAGACAUUGAGGAGGCUAGAGUGAGAUAUUAAGAUGGCUAUAGUGAGACUGUAGUAAGAUAUUAAAGUGAGAUAUUAAGAAAGCUAUCAUAAGACUGGGAUGAGACAUUAAGGAGGCUAGUUUGAGACUAGAGUGAGAUAAUACGAUGGCUAGAAUGAGACUGGAGUGAGAUAUUAAAGUGGCUGAAGUGAGAUAUAGAGGAGGCUAGAGUGAGACUGGAGUGAGAUAUUAAAGUGGCUGAAGUGAGAUAUAGAGGAGGCUAGAGUGAGACUGGAGUGAGAUAUUAAGGUGGCUGGAGUAAGACUAGAAUGAGACUUUAAGGUGUCUAAAGUGAGAUAAUUAAAUGGCUAGAGUGAGACUUGGGUGAGAUAUUAAGGAAGCUAUCUUCAGAAUGGGAUUAGACAUUAAGGAGGCUGGUGUGAGACUGGAGUGAGAUAUUAAGGUUUCUGGAGUGAGACUGGUGUGAGAUGUUAUGGUGGAUGGAAUGAGAUAUAGUAUUAAGGAGGCUAGCGUGAGACUGGAGUGAGAUAUUAGGAGGCUAGAGUGAGAUUAGCGUGAGCCCCAGUGCUUAUUAGUCGAUAUGUUGCUCAGCACACAGAGAUUAGAACCACAGCUGAUAGUCAUUAGAACAUUGUUCCGGUUCUCUGAAGGGUCGAGCCCCGCCCCCAACACACCUGAACCAGGUAUAGAGACAGACCUGACAGGAAGUGAACAGUAUCAGAGUGAGAGAACCACAGUACUCCAGCCAGUCCUCACUCCACCUCCAGUCCUCUCACUCUAGUCUUAUAGAAUAGAUCAGAACUGUGACCGUGCAACAGCUCCCCCUGGGGCAGAUUCCCACCACCCACUAAACCAAUAAACCACUGCUGCUUUUACAUCCAUCAUCUGUCGCUGAGUUUAAUCUCUCUGCUGCUAUAAUUGUCUCAGUAUCAUCUCAAUAACGAAUAAUAAUAAUAAUAAUUAAGAAUAUGAUGAUAAUAAAGUGUCCCACAACCCUAAAACGUCCUAAACGUCCCAAAAAUGACUACCAUCCAACACAGUUUUAAACUAGGACUGUGACUAAGACUAAGUUGGCAACCCUGAUGUUUUAUUUUAAGCCUGUUGUUUUAUUUGAAGCCUGUUGGUGUUUUAUGUUUUACGUUUAUUUAGUGUAGUUAAAAAGGGGCGGGGCAACUGUGUACAGUCAUCUGGCAUCGGGAGGUUGCUGGUUCAAAUCCCGGCCGAGAAAAAGACGUCAAUAUCAACGAUAUUAUCAGCCUAUAGAUAUAUCGGACCCCCCUGGUGUGUGUGUGUAUGUAUGUGUGUGUGUGUGUUGCGAUAAAGCUUAUACUUUUUCAUGUGAUGUGUGUGUAUGUGCGAUGUGUGUGUGUGUGUGUGUGUGACCCAUCAGCGCCGGCGAUGUGCUCUCACUGCUGCUGUUGCGGGUUUAUUGUAUUGCUGUAAAUCUGGUCCGGCGUCUCCGGGAUCAGCUGGGUUCUGAUCCGGCCGCUCGGUUCCGGACAGAAAUGUAAUUUAUUUUAGAUGCAUUAAAAAAGACCUGCUGAGAGGAA